CUCUCCGCCUACGGAACUGUCCACACAAACAAUAUUACAAUGGUCAACAUACGAUCUAAUAUCACAUGAAUUGACAAUGUCCCAUCCAAAAUCUGUCCUUUCUUCCUCUUACAUUAUAAGGAAGAGUUUAAUCAGGAAGCACUUCCUUCAUAGAGCAAUUCAAGCUUAUCUCGCCAAGAAUAGUGAUUCUGCACUCAUUGAUUCCAUUCCAAAGACAUGGGAUAUUGAGAUUACACAUGCAGAUGAACUAGACGAGCUAUGGAUAGAUGAACUCUACGAUUUGGCGGACAUUCUCCCGGAUGAUAUUGCAGAGAGUGAUGGUAACUCAAGCGAUAAAUGGUUCAUUCUAAAGCCCGGGAUGGCGGAUCGUGGUAUGGGGAUCAGACUCUUCAGGAGUAAAGCCGGCUUGCAACGUGUGUUCGAAUCGUUUGAAGAAGACUCUGAAGAGAGCGUCGGCAGUCUCUCAGAUGGGGAAGAUGAUCCGACAAGAGUUGUCACUGGCCACUUGCGUCAUUUCGUGAUUCAG